AUGGAUGUUGGACAUGCCGAAAGUCAUGAGGAUUUUGUAUUUGGUAGCGCUUAUCAAUCAUUGAGCAUUCUGGAAAAGUCAUUUGAAAUUGAUGAAACUUAUAUAAUCCUUGAUUAUGAUGAAGCUAAUAGAAAAGCUAAGAAAAAUUGCAAAAUUUUGAAAUUAUCGUCAAACUUUGAUGAUUUAUUGAGGAAGCUAGAAAGUUUAAUACAAGAUGAAUAUCCAAAUUUGUUCAUUUUAAUCAUUGAGAUCAAAACUGAUGAGACAGAUGAGAUACCCAAAAGUGAAAUUUUCGAGAAACUUGAGAGCAUUUUAGUCAAAUUUGAUGUUGAUCGUCCAAUAAUUCUACAGCUGACAUCAAAUAAUGAAAAAAGUACAAAAUUUUACUACAAAGAUGAACAAUCAACUCAAUUGUUGGAGAUAGAUAAAAAUCAUAGGAAUUUUGAGGCUAUGCUGAAUUUUCCCACCCUUUUGUGCUCAAUUUUAGAUGGAAAAAUUGACAACUGCUUGAAUCUAGUCCUUGAAAAUUUAUUAAACUUAAAAAACUCAACAAUAAUUCUAAAAUUCUUAAGACUUUUUGACCUUCCUGAAGAGCUUUUGGACAAAUUAGUUCUAAAAUGUGCAGCAUAUGGAUCAAAAAAUGAACUUUUGGCUGCUUUAGAUGCUGCAUUUAUAGCUUCUGUAAGGACACUAAGCAUAGAUUCACAAAAUUAUUUAAGUUAUGUGAUAAAUGUCAACCAAUCAGAUAUAUCCAAUUACCCAUCAGUUCUAUCCACAGCUGUAGAACAUAAGAACACACAAAUAAUUGAAUUUUUAAUCAGCAACUGCACACAUUUAAUCCAACAACUUCCAUUCAAUCAUCAAGUUAGAAUAUCAACAACUGCACUAGCUUCGCAUCAGUUUGAUAUCCUCUGUGACUUGCUUGAUAUUUCUGAUUUUCCAUUUCCUUCAAACUUCAACAUAAACCAAGUUGAACAUGAAAGACUUGACAAAAUAUUUACAGAAAGAACCAACUUUGAAUGUGCCAUCAAAGCCGAAGUUUUGGAACAAAUCACAAAAUUCAUCGACAACAAUUUAAGCCUCAAAGUAGUCUAUAAUCCGGCAAACAGCUCAGCACUUAAACAAGCUGUAGACGCACAAAAAUAUAAAGUAUUUUACUACCUCAAAUCACUUGGCUUUCAAGCAUUUGAUGUCAAUAUUGAGAAGCAACUCAACAAAAAAGAGCUGAGAAAAGCAAAAAGAUGUAAAUCACAGCAAAUGAGCGAAAAUGUCAGCAGCGCUCUUGAUGAUUCUCAAAUAUCAGUCAACUUACUAUGCAAUCAUUCAUUUAUCCACAACAAAAGGAUCAAUAAAGAUCAAGAAACUGAAUAUCGUCAAAAAAUAAGGAAAUGGUAUGAAGACAUCAACAAGAUUCUAUUUGGUUCCGAUUUGUUGAAUGUUGCUGCUUCUUGUAAGGAUUUGAAGUUGAUUUUCGACUUUGAGGAUGAAUCAGUGGAAAACGCAAGCUUGUCAGGUCCUGGAUCCCUUGGAACAACAUAUCCUCAACAAAAAUUAAUCUUCAUUGGUGCCAAAUCAACUAAUAAUGAACGCGAUCAGAAGAUUAAAGGCGUGAUAGCUCAUGAGUUGUGCCACUAUGUGAUGAAGCUAGUCUACGAGAAUAAUGAGAAUCCUUAUUACAAACAUUGUAUUGAUGUAAUUGAAAGAUAUAAAGCUAUUGUUACUUCUAUUGAUAAGUGGUCAGUAAAAAAAUCAAAAAGUCCUGACGAUGAAUGUGAUGGAAUCAUAUUUUCAGUAUUUACACAUUAUGAUAGCAAAGAUUUUCAUCAAGAACUCAUAGUUAGAGUUAUGCAGAUCCUUGCACAAUAUGACGACAAUGAGGAAAAGUUAAAAUGUCUACAAUUAAAGUACAAUGAGCUUUUUGAGUACUUCCAAAUCCAUGUUUUCUCAGAAAUGCAAAAAUUUAAUUUAGAAAUCCGAAAAAAUGUUCAAAAGAUGAACAGAGUCAUGCAGUUGUUGCCAAACAUUAUGAAUCGUAAACUAGAUCUCCUUGUGUCUAAAGGAUUGUUUAUGGAAAUAUUCAGCAAAGAAGCCAUUGUAGUAACCACAAAUGUUCCUAAGCUACUGCUUAUUGAUAUGAUUACUCAGCUGGAUGGAACUUAUGGCGACAUUUUUAAAGCACAAAAUAUUUUCAUUGAUCCUAAAAUGUUAAAGAAUGAGGAAAUAUUUGAUGACUUAAAGCAGCUGUUGGAACAAGAUUUAGAUUUAAAUAUUUUUGUUGAUUGCUCAAAAGAGACUUUUGGAGAUUUUGAAGAAUUUGUUGGAAAUAAAUCAUUGAAAUUCAUCUUUAUAGUGUCAAAUGAGAGUCAAGCUGACAUUCUGAUCCAAAACAUUGUCAAAAAAGAUUUAAAUCCAGUUAGAAUUGAAGCAAAUUACAGCUGGGAGGAUUUAACAGCACCAAGUCAAAGAAAACUGUUGAAGAUUAAAAUAAACUUUCAGAAUAAUUCAAAUUUAACUUUAAAGGACCUUUUAAUGAUUGAGUCUAACCAAACUGCAGCAGAAGAUGAAGAAAAAGCUGUCCAAAAGCUCACAGAAAUGAUUGACAGUGAAAUAUUAAACUUAGUUCUAGAAAACUCACCAAUUUUAUUAAAUACGAAGCUUGAAGUCCAAAUUGUCAGUCAAAAGUUCAAGUUCUUGUUUCAACCAAGAGACUUCAUCUCCAGACAUGACAUCAAAACGCCAACCAAUCACCAAAACUCAACAAAAGCUACCAAAUUUUCCCAAUCAGACCUUCUAAAUCAAGUAAAAGACAAAAAGUACGUCAUCAUCUCAGACAUUGCUGGAAGUGGCAAAAGCUGGGCUAUAAAAAAUAUCACAACAACCUUGAACCAGACAAAUCCUACAAAGUGGAUAACAUAUGUGGAUUUGAAGCAUUUUAUAAAAGAAUUCAAAACACAAAAAAUCAAACCUGAAUUUUGCAAAUUUCUUGUCACCAAAAUAUUGAAGCUACAAGAUGACAAGUUUGAAGCCAAAUUGUUUAAAAAGAUGUACGAAAUUGGUAAAGUCAUCAUUUUAUUUGAUGGAUUUGAUGAAAUUGCUCCAAAUUGUGCUGAAUUGGUGUCGAAAUUAGCUCAGUCAUUUGAGUAUUGUGAAGGCAACCAGCUAUGGAUAGCGACUAGAGACUACUUUGAGGUUGACUUAAAAGAGAAACUUGAAGAUGCUGCAAGUUACAAGCUUUCUAGCUUCACAGACAAAGAUGGUGUUGACUUUAUUGUAAAAUGUUGGAUGUUGCAGGAUAUUGAGAAUGACUUGGCAAGUUUAUCUAAAGAUGACUUUGAAAAGUAUAUGAAAAAGUCCGAAAAACUUGAAAUUUAUCAUCAAAAUGCACGUCGUAUAAUCAAUAAGAUUGUCAUGGCUGACACACGAUCAGUUGGAAUGCCUCAAUUGUUUAAAAUGAUUGCUGAGAGCUUCAAAGACAACAAAAAAGCCACAAUUACCAUCAAAAAGUUCAAAAUCUACAAAACAUUUGCUGAAAAGCUCUACGAACGAUGGUCAUCAGCCAAAGGUGAAAUCAGGCAUACAGCAAACACAGAAAGUCAAGAUUACGAACUGAACUUCCAAAAAUUUCAUCAACAUUCAGCUUUAAAAAAAUUAUUUUCUGAUCUUAUUGAUGACUUGUUCCCAGAUAUUGAUGAAUCUGAAUGGCUUGAUGUAGAAGUCAUUGCAUGCGGACUGAUGACUAAGAUUGGAGAUGAGUUUUACUUCCUGCACGAGACAUUUUGUGAAUUUUAUGUAGCUGAUUAUAUUGCUGGAUUAUUAAAAAAGAAGACUAAGUUUAAAGAAGCAUUUUGUGAGUUGCUAGCUAGGGUGCUGACUAUAAAGAAGUUUGAGAUGGUUCGAGUGUUUUUAAGUGACGUGAUUGAUGAUUACUCAUUUUUAAAGAAGAUCCUGGAAAAGAUGAAGAAGCAAAUUGAAUAUUUCAAUGACAUGACGAAUUUUCACCAUUAUUUUAGCAAGUUUAAUGAGCAUUUUGGGUAUUUAGUCAUUGAGGUCCUUAAAAAUGGAGAUUAUAUAAAGGUACGAAGGAUAUUGUUUGACACAGCUGACUCUAUAAAUGCGAGAGCUGAGAAUUCAGAAUUGUUUAUAAAAUAUCAAGAUUUUAUGAUUGAUUUCCUGACUGUUGAUGACUUGAAGGAGUUGAUUGAAGUGCAGCUAGUCUUCCAUAAAAAUAUUCAAUCUAGUCGAAAUGUGGAAAUCUUCGAGGACUUUGUGAUUAAAGUUGAAGCUAAGACUGGUAAAGAAUUUAUUAAAAAUUGCUUGAAACUUAAGAGUUCUGAUGGAUUUGAGGAAAAUAUCUUCAGCUUCUUGAUUAAGUCUAUAUCAUUAGAUGUCAAUAAGAUGCAUAAAUUCAUGGAAGUAAUCCAAAAGUACUUAGAAUCCAUAGAAUUAUUCAAGUUAAUGAAUAACUGCAAUAAAAAUCAUGAAAAUGUCCUUCAAAUUUGCAUCCAGACAGCAGACAUUAAGAAGCUCCAAAUUAUAUGGACAGCAGCUGAAAAAUCUCUAAAUUCAUCAAAUCUCAUCGAAAUCAUCAAGAAAGUCGACUCAAGAAAGAAGUCAAUCCUACAUAAUGCCAGAAUGAUCAACAAACUCGACUUCCAAGAAGCCUUCCUGCAUCUUUUAAGCAACUCAUUCGACAAUAAAGAAGAAUUGAAGGACUUCCUGCUCCAAAAAGACUUUAACUUCAUUCACGACUUAGUAGAAAAAGACGAAGAGCCAUCAAUUCUCCAAACUCAUCAAUUUUUAUGGCAACUUUAUCGUGAUUCCUUUAAAGACGAUCACGAUUUUUUGGAUGUGAUCAAGCAAGUCGACUUUUUUGGCAACAACAUCAUUCAAAUUGCAGUUUACGAGCUGCCAAAUGAAUUCUUUGACUUUAUGAUGAACGAAUUGGAGAAAUUAUCGCGACCAGAUGAAAUUGUUAAAAUUCUCAGCAACAUCAACAAUUGGAACCGGAAUGUGCUACAGUCAGAAUCAAAAUGGACAAAGUCAGCGGAACUGCAUGCAAAUUUGUGGAAUAAAUUCAGAAAAUAUUUCAAAUCUGAGGAAAUCUUGAUGUUUAUUAAGCAUGUUGAUAAAUUUGGGAAUCAUUUGUUGUUUAAUGCUGUUGAAAAUAAUAAAAAGGAAUUUGUGGAGCUGAUUUGGAAUGACAUAAAGAGCUUUAUGAGUCACGAUGAGCAAAAAAAUUAUUUAAAAGCUGAAAAUAAUGACGGAAAAAAUUUACUUCAAAUGUCAUUUGAGAAUAAAGAAUAUUUUAAUGAAGUAUUUGAAUGGAUACAGGAAGUUAUGGCUGAAUAUGGGAUACAGUUAGAGACUUUGACUAGAAAAAAGCUUUAUACUGAGAAAUAUCCUUUACAAAGAAGCUGCAGAUCACCCAAAUGGGUUUGUAAAUUUCAAAAAAUUGAUGAAAUUUAA